AUGUCGCUACCAGCCAAACUCGAUCCAGGGGUCGACCUCUUCGACGACGACGACCAAAAAAAUAUUUUUUGGGCUGUUUGCGACAUUGAACGCGAAACUUUCACACAAGGUGCUGUUGGCCAAGCCGAGCACAUUGCUCUAUUCAAAACCCGACGUUUCAUUGUAAACUUUGGAGAUACAGGCACCUUUAUGUUUCUGGACCCUGGCAGAGCAAAAGAUGCAGAAGGUCGUGUUGUGUAA